AUGUCAACCGCAGACCCCGCAGCCUCCCCUGCGUCUGCGGAGCCUGAUGUCAAUCCUUUAAUUCGUGAUGCCCUCCGCAUCUCUCUCAGCGCCAAAGAAUAUAAAUUUCUCCACGACCACGCUGUCAAACGUGCUCCACCCGCCAUAAAGAACAAUGCGCCUUCUCCGUCGAGAUAUGAGGCUCUCGUUCGCCCCCGGAAUAAGCACAAUGAAGUCGCUAUCCGCGCUUCGCUGCGGGUUUUCCUGGGGUCGGGAGCCGCGUUGAAGCUCAUCGAUAUGGUUAUGAGCAAGAUUCAGGGUGCUGGAUCGAAGAAAUCCCCCCGUACUUCCAUCCUCCGCUCCCCGAACUUCCGGCUCUCACUUUCUCUUUCCCUCGUUCUCUUUCUCCAUCGAUUUCUUCAUCGCUUUUUUGUCAAGCUUCGCGCAUAUCUUCGUACGGAUGAGGCGCAGCCAUUCCAUGCUAGAAACCCGCGAAUUUCCAAGGCUUUGACUUCGCGAUAUGCGCCCGCUGUCGGGGCCAGUGCUGCUGGCUUUGCGCUGGGGAUAAGUCCCCAGAGCCAAUUGCGGAUGAGUGUGGCAGUUUACUCGGUUACGAAGAGCUUGGAGUUUCUCUACAAUGCUUUGGAUGAGAAGGGGUGGUUUGAGAAUCGGCCGUGGUGGUUUGGAAGUUGGCUGUUGAUGCCCAUCUCGUUUGCCCAGCUCUUCCAUGCUUUCGUGUUUGACCGGGAGACUACGCCGAAGUGGUUUGGAGCUGUUCUUCUGAGACUCUCGCCGAGUUAUAUACAGACUCGGCCAGACAGCUUCCCUGCUGGGCUUCCUUGGCCGGACAAGGACGAGGUGGUGAACUCGUUGGCAACCAUUUCCAAUCUACGGUGGCCAGUCUUCAACUCGCCGAUUCUACAGCCCUCCAACCCCAAUAUCCUGCCAGCAGCUGUUAAAUCGAUCUCACCGAUCACCGGGCCCGCUCAUCCGUCAAUCUCCAGUCUUUCGUGUGCGCUUCUGCAUCCCAGUGCUCCCAGUUGCAGCACCGCAUUCUUGCAUCAUAUCCUUCUCUCCGUUCCUCCUCUGGCUCGCACCCUCACUACCGUGACCCUGGCUUUGUCUGUACUAAAGUUCAAGACGAUGAUGUCCCAUCCUAUCUCUGCUAUAAACAGCCUUUCAAAGCGUAUCAUCACCAUGACUGCUGUUCUGUCGGCUGCUGCUGGCUCCGCCUGGGGCAGCGUUUGUCUUUGGAAUGGUCUAUUGCCACGCUCGACUCUCCCUACUAAGCGCUUUUUCCUGAGCGGAGCGCUGAGUGGAUUGCCGUUUGCGUUCCUCGGUAAUAGUCGUGGUGCUUACCUCUCCAUCUUCCGCGCUGCUAUCGACUCAGCCUGGAAAGCUGGCGUCAAACGUGGCGUCUGGAAAGGCUGGAAAGGAGGUGAGCUUUGGGUCAUCGUGCUCUCUUGGGCCCUCAUGGGUGCAAUUUUGGAGAGUAGACCGUCUGCAGUCCAAAGCAAAGGAGUGAGAAAGGCUUUGGCGUGGACAAAGGGAGACGGCUUUGUUGAUCCCGUGGAAGUUGCAGCCAAGAAGAAGGCAAAAAAAGCCUCCAGCCAGAAGAAACCGGAGAACAACUAA